AUGGGUAUCGACUUGGACCGCCACCAUGUGCGCAGCACUCACCGCAAGGCGCCGAAGAGCGAGAAUGUGUACUUGCAGGUCUUGGUGAAGCUUUACCGCUUCCUUGCCCGCCGCACGGAAUCGAACUUCAACAAGGUUGUGCUGCGCCGCCUUUUCAUGUCCCGUAUCAACCGCCCCCCGGUUUCGCUUUCGCGCAUCGCUUCGAACGUCUCCGAGUCGCACCAGGGCAAAACCGUUGUCGUGAUCGGCUCUGUCACUGAUGACAACCGUCUCCUUACCGUCCCCAAGCUUUCCGUCGCUGCCCUGCGUUUCACUGCCACUGCCAGAGCUCGCAUUCACAAGGCCGGUGGUGAGACUCUGACUCUGGAUGAACUCGCUCUGCGCGCCCCUACUGGAGCCAACACUCUCCUUCUCCGCGGUCCCAAGAACGCCAGAGAAGCCGUCAAGCACUUCGGUUUCGGUCCCCACAAGCACAAGAAACCUUAUGUCCGAAGCAAGGGUCGCAAGUUUGAGAGAGCCCGUGGACGCAGAAGGUCUCGCGGUUUCAAGGUCUAA